AUGCGCUUCUCUACCAUUUUCUGCAGACUCUCAAUCAAACUAACACUUCGCCAGAGCUCCGUCGAGCUAUUUCGCUCUCUUCCCCGACAAAGACCACCCAGAAACCCCACCAAGCAGCGAUUCAUUCAGAAACCAAAACCAGUGAAAACACAGACCCAAGAUCCAACGAUCUACACGAGAGACACUGUCUCCAAUAUCUAUAACCUCCUCAAGUACUCCACUUGGGAAUCUGCUCGAGAACAGCUCCCAAAUCUCGGCGUGAAAUGGGAUUCUCACAUCAUCAACCGUGUCUUGAAAGCCCACCCUCCGAUGCAGAAAGCUUGGCUCUUUUUCAACUGGGCUGCUGCUCAGAUCAAGGGCUUCAAACACGACCACUUCACUUACACCACCAUGCUCGAUAUCUUCGGUGAAGCUGGUCGGAUCGAAUCUAUGUACUCUGUUUUCCAGCUUAUGAAGGAGAAAGGUGUGGUGAUCGACACGGUUACGUAUACGUCGUUGAUUCACUGGGUUUCAAGUUCCGGCGACGUGGAGGGAGCAAUACGGUUAUGGGAGGAGAUGAGAGAUAAUGAGUGCGAACCUACGGUCGUGUCUUAUACGGCUUACAUGAAGAUACUUUUCGACGAUGGGAGGGUGGAAGAAGCGACGGAGGUGUAUAAGGAGAUGUUGCGGUCGCGAAUUUCUCCGAAUUGUUACACUUAUACGGUGUUGAUGGAGUAUCUUCUAGGCACAGGAAAAUGCGAGGAAGCCUUAGACAUUUUCUUUAAAAUGCAAGAAAUUGGGGUGCAGCCAGAUAAAGCGGCUUGCAAUAUUCUGAUUGGAAAAGCCUGUAAAUUCAGGGAAACAUCUUUCAUAGUUCGAAUUCUUCGAUACAUGAAAGAAAACGGGCUUGUCCUUCGCUAUCCCGUCUUUCUUGAGGCCUCAGAGACCUUGAAAGCAGCAGGCGAAAGCGAUGAUCUGUUAAGAGAAGUCAAUUCGCAUAUUUCUGCUGACAUCGAUGAAACUCCUACAGCCGAAGUUGAUGACACGAAAAGUUCAGAUGAUAGUAGACUUAUCAGCUCCGUUCUCUUGGCGAAGCAGAAUCUUGUCGCAGUUGAUCAUCUACUUCACCAGAUGAAAGACAGAAACGUAAAGUUGGAUUCUUUUGUUGUUUCAGCAAUCGUAAAAACAAUCUGUGACCGUUGUAGAACCGAGGGGGCAUCGUUAGCCCUUGAGUACAGCUCGGAAAUGGGAAUUCAUCUCGAGAAGACAGCGUAUCUUGCGUUAGUCGGUAACUUUUUAAGAACAAACGAGCUUCCUAAAGUGGUGGAAGUGGUCAAGUAG